AUGACCCAAGACACCAAGCCGGCCCCGACAAUAGUGAUCCGCCCGCGCAAGGAAAGCGACAUUGCGCCGCUCAUCGACCUCCUGUCGCGCCAGCAAGCCGAGACACAGUACCCCGUCGACUGGCCGUUUCCUAUCCCGCUGCGCGACUUCAUCAUCCGCGACACCGAGGUGCAUGCGUGGGUCGCCGAGCUAGACGGCCAAGUUGCGGGCCAUGUGAGCGUCACCCGUGUCGAGGGGGGCGGGGACAGCGACAUGGCGCCCGAGUGGACGCGCGCGCACGGCGUCGAUAUCUCCCAGCUGCGCUGCAUCUCCGUCUUCUACACCGACAUCACCAAGACGGGCACGGGGCUCGGGCGCCGCCUGCACGACGUCGCGGCCGCGCAGGCGCUCAAGGAGGGAUACCCCGUCCUCGAUGUCGUCAAGUCGCACGAGGGCCCAGUCAGGUUCUACGAGAACAGGGGCUGGAAGACGGUGCACGUCAUGGACGCGCCGUGGUCGCCUGCGGGCACCCCGAUCCAGGUCAACCUCAUGAUCUUGCCGCGUGCGGCGGCGUGA